AUGGCAUCCAGCACGGCGAAAUCCUCAUCCACGGGCCGGAGAAUCCCAUCGGCCUUGAUUCCAGUGGUGUCGACGUCUCUCAAUGUCGGCAUGGCGCUUGGUGCCUGGAUCACAGUGAUUCCGUUUACAAACGUCACGUAUCCAGGGCCUGCGAUUGCCGUGUGGUUCCAGGACUUUUUCAAGCCGGGCUUUAUUGGGAUCACGUCGCUCAGCGCAGUGACGAUUGCUUCGGGAAUUCGAGCAGCUCGUGCUCGGGAUGUUUCGGGAACGGCGGAGGGCCAGGCAAAGGCCAAGACAGCCUCACGGUGGGCGAUUGCGGGAUUGGUGUUUACUCUGAUUCAUUUCGGGUUUGGAAAUUCGGUGCUCGGUUUCAUGGAUCGGAUUCUUGCCAAUCCGGAAUUGGCUCAGGGAGAAAUGGCGGGUUGGAUCAAGCUACAUACCGUGAGGACGCUGACAACUGAUGUGCCGGCCUGGUUAUGCUUUGUUGCAUCUUUAUUGUCCGAGUUUUAA